AUGUCACUCACACAAGCUCCCAGCAAGGCGCUGGACGCCCUCGUGCAGUCUGCUCGUCAGCAUCCAUACGCCGUCAGCCUGGCCCUCGGUCUUCCCUUGGUCCUUUCACCACUGGUGUCAAGCCUCCUGGCGUCUUAUCGGGGAUACAUGGCCCUUGGUCCGGGCGGCUUCCCUCACAAUGUCUUUGGGUGGGCGUUCCAAGGCCUCCUCCAGCCACUUGCACGCGACACGCUGUCGCCAGCACCUUUCUCCAACCCUGCAGCCGACGCCGAGUUUGCUCCCCACGGGCGCGAGUCCUUUUUGGCGGCUCCGCUCCCUACGCGUGCGGGCGAGCGUCCGACGGUGCCCGGCUAUGUCGUUCCCCAGCGCCAGACGACAGAACCGGCGCCGCAAUAUGUCGACGAGAUGAACGCGUACCUCAGCUCGCUCACCAAGGCCUCUCCUCAGCUCCUCGAGUUCCGCCCGUCGGUCCUUGAACACCCAUCGUUCCCCGCCGUGGCUCUGGUCCACCCGCCCAAGUUUGUCAAGCACAGCGAGAUUGCGCAUGUCCACUCUGAAGGCAGUUCGCACGUCCUGCUCAGCCUGGAAGAUGCCAGAUCCGUCCUGAGGACUGGCUGGGGACAGCGACACCCGAUCAGCGGCGUGUUGAUGCCACUCACGUACGUCAUGAUCUACGCGCCACGCGACGAGCAUGAGCUCGAGGUAUGGAAGAACAUUGUCCGUGCGUCGGUGGCUUUUACCACUGCAGAGUAG